GCGUUGUGCCGACCGGGCCGGGCUGCGCCGCGCCGUGCCGCCAGCCGGCCGGCCGGCCAGCUGGCCAGCCAGCUAUGAGGGAGCGCCGGCGGGGCGGCGCCGUGGGGGCUAUGGCCGACGGCAACGCCGACUGGAUGGGCUCGCUACCGCCCGCACUGCGCUCCCUGCCGCUCUCCAACCUCGCCAUUCCGGGAUCACAUGAUUCUUUCAGCUACUGGGUCGAUGAGAAAUCUCCAGUGGGACCAGACCAAGCAACAGCCAUCAAACGUUUGGCCAGAAUUUCCUUGGUUAGAAAGAUCAUGAAGAAAUGGUCAGUGACUCAAAAUUUGACUUUCAAAGAGCAGUUGGAAGGAGGGAUCCGCUACUUUGAUCUUCGUGUAUCUUCAAAACCUGGGGAAAUAGGACAAGAGAUUUACUUCAUACAUGGCUUGUUUGGCAUCAAAGUAUGGGAUGGGCUGAAGGAAAUGAAUAGUUUUCUUGAGCAGCACCCCAAGGAAGUAAUCUUCUUGGAUUUCAAUCAUUUCUAUGCUAUGGAUGACAGCCAUCACCACUUCUUGAUCAAAAGGAUCCACUCAGCAUUUGAAUCCAAGCUUUGUUGUGUUGAAUGUGUAGAAUAUGUGACAUUACUGUACAUGUGGGAGAAGAAACACCAGGUUCUCAUAUUUUACCACCACCCUUUGUAUCAGGAAUAUCCCUUCCUGUGGCCAGGUAAUAAAAUGCCAGCACCAUGGGCUAAUACAACUAAUGUGCACAAACUGCUGCAGUUCCUGGAGACCACACUUGGGGAACGAAGUCGUUAUGGGACUUUCCACGUAUCUCAAGCAAUUCUCACACCUCGAGUGAAAACGAUUGCACGGCAUCUGAUUCGUGGUCUGAAGAACACACUUGUUCAUAGGAACCUGCCCAUGAUUUUGAAUUGGGUGAAAGCACAGAAGCCUGGUGUUAUGGGUGUUAACAUAAUUACAUCAGACUUUGUGGAGCUGGUUGAUUUUGCUGCUACAGUUAUUGCAUUGAACGACCUCCUUUUGGAAGAGGAUGAAUCUGCAACUUAAAUCCUGA